AUGGAUCGGUGCCAAUGCUUUCCCAGUCUAUGUCAAUGCUUUUCAACACGAUCUCCAGGCUUGCCGUUGCACAUUCCGCUUGUGUGGGUUGUCAGAGCUUUCAUGUUAACCAGCAUGCAGUUGCAGUUGUUUCUUGUUGUUUUUGGAGCGCGAAGAUAUCGGAGCUCAAGUUGUUUGUUGCGAUCUGUUGUGUGGGGAGCCUACCUGGCUGCGGAUGCUGUGGCUAUCUCUGCGCUGGGCAUCAUGACGCAUUCAAUAAGGAAUGAAAUCUACGGAUUAUGGGCUCCUAUACUGCUAAUCCAUCUGGGAGGACCUGAUACCAUCACCGCAUACUCCACUGCUGAUAAUGAACUUUGGUUAAGACAUUGUUUCAUUAUGAUCUAUCAAGUCCUAAUUGCAGCAUAUGUCUUGUAUUUAUCGAGAUUAGAAGGGUAUCUACUGGCUGCUUCUGUUCUUCUAUUCAUUGCUGGUGCUACUAAAUAUGCAGAGAGAACGUAUGCCUUGAGAUUCGCCAGCAACAGCCAGAUGGUAAAUUCCACCAAUGCCCUUUACAAAUUUAUGCAGGUUGAAGGUACACAUGAUCAAGUAGGCUACAACUAUGUGGUUAUGGGAGAGCAAAUCCUAAGUAAUAAGGAGUUUCGUAACAUUGCUGACAGCGUUGUCUGGGAUCGUUUGCUGAGUGAAAAUGCAAUAAUAACUAUGAAAAAGGUAUUUGAACAGGAAGGCCGUCAAAGAACAGAUAAGUACAUCCUUUGCUUGUCACAUGCUUUAUUCAAAAUGUAUAAGCGGAGACUUGUAGGCCUUUUUUUCCAUGAAGGCCUCCUGCCAAAAAGCAGAAGUUUUUUUAUAAAUGAAGAUCUGAAGGGUGAGGACGUGUUCAAAAUCAUAGAGAUUGAAUUGAAAUUCAUGUAUGAUGUACUGUUUUCGAAGUCGGGCAGUACAGCAUUCCGGAAGGAGGGAAUAGUGCUACGCCUUCUCAAUAGCUGUCUUCUGGCGGUGGCUGCCUAUCUGGUUUUCUUUCAAUUGACAAAGAAACCGGCACAUAAAACUGUUACGUUUGUGAUUAUUUCUGUAGCUCUGCUAGUAGAAAUUAUACAAUUGUGUAGGAUUGCAUUAUCAGAUUGGACCAUGGUGCGCCUAAUUUGUGCACAAAUCCAACAUUUGAAUCGACCAAGGCCUGGUUGCUGGUUGAGAGUCCUAAUGGUUCAAUUUCAUAUCAACCUGCUCAGCAUUGCUCGCAAGCUGUUUGGAAACAAAUACUGGAAGGAUAAAAUUAAUCAAUAUUGCAUGAUAAGUGCUCGUGGACAGUGCUUCAAUUGUAUAUGGAAUACGGCUAAAUUUCGUUGGAUGCGCAGGAGUCUUGUUGUAUUCUGUAGCAAAAAAGUGAAAAUCGAAGAUAAGUUGAAAUCCUUUAUCUUUGAAAUAGUCAGGGACAAAUGUUCUCCUGAACAAAGUAUUCAAAUCUGCAGAGACAGAGUUUACGAUCAUUAUGAGUACUUGAUCAGAUGGAAGAGCCAAGAGAUGCAGGAGGUGUCCGAGAUGCAGUUGGAAGAUGCCAUUUUAGUGUGGCAUAUCGCCACAUCAAUUUGCAAUGCUCAUGACGGGGACAUGGAUCGUGUCAAUUUUAAAGUCGCCGGCUGGCUAUCGAAGUACUUUGCAUAUCUUCUUGUCGUACACCCUAAUGUUCUGCCCCUCCAUCCCGAUAUUGCACUACUGGCCUACAUAGAACUUCAUGGAGAAAUUUUCGGUAUGCCUCAACAUGUCUCUGACUGGAAAUCCACUGGGGAAUCCAUUCCCAACCAGAAGUUAAGUCUUUCCAUCCGUCUAGCAGAGGAUCUAAUGAGUAAAGAAGUAAAUGUGAGAUGGGAAAUAAUAGCACAGCAUUGGGGUGAAUUGCUGAUAUGCGUGGCAGCUUACAACAAAGCUCCGCUCCAUGCAGAGUGCAUUGCUGCCGGCGGGGAAUUUCUGUCUCAAGUAUGGGCUUUAUUGGGGCAUUUAGGAUGCGGAGAACAAUCAGACACUGCCGUAACUAAGAGGAAGGAAACAAGGCAAAUGGACCAAGAGUACAUACAAGAGAAGAGAAGGGAAGAGAACCUGAGAAAGGCUAGAGUGGAGGGGGAUAACAGGAGGAUAGAGGAGAUGAGGAAUAGGACAUUAGAAGAAAUUGAAAAUGUAAGGAGUGAGGAGCACCAGAAAAGGAAAAAGGAGGAGGAGAAGACAGAAAAGAUCGAAGAGAAACUAAAAGCAAUUAUGAAAGAUCCCUGA